CAGAUUGACUACUUUCAUUACUACAGCAAUUGCAUACUUUUUUCAGCACACACAGAUUCACACACACACAAAGUCAAAGUCUCUCUGUAUUUUCUCCACAUAUUUUUCCAUAAACUAUUGAUGUUUUUUCUUUCUUUUGUUUACUUCACACACAACGCAUUUCUCGCUGCGUGUAGAAGCGUAAUUUCUGUCGUAGCAGCAGCAGCUGCAAAAUUAUAUUAUUAAAAACCACAUAAUUAAUGAAUUAAUCCAAAGGUUAAGCUCAACUUCGACUUUGUGCUUUCGUGGCGAUUUUCUGUUUUAGCACACGUGUGUAAUUAAAAGGUCGGGUCAGGUGUGCACACAUACACAUACAUAUAUACAUGUGUGUUGAGUGUGUUUUUAAGCAUGUUAAGUGUGUUAUAAAGCGCAAUAUUAAUGUGGCUCUGGGAUUACAUGAUGGAAAUUCGACAAAGGCAGGCGGCGCGUAAAAAUGUUCGAGUUCCCCUUGUCUACAUAGGCUCAGGUGCUGCUGUCUUUUGCGGACUUUAUCUGAUAUUUGGUUAUGGCGCUCAGUUAUUGUGCAACAUUAUUGGCGUACUUUAUCCAGCGUAUGUCUCGAUUCAUGCCAUUGAGACCAGCACCAAGCUGGAUGACACCAAAUGGCUGACCUACUGGGUCACCUUCGGCAUCUUCACAGUCAUCGAGUUCUUCUCGCAUAUGCUAACCCACGUAAUACCCUUCUACUGGCUCUUAAAGUGCGGCUUCCUCAUUUGGUGCAUGCUCCCAAUGGAGAACAAUGGCUCGGAGAUCAUCUACCAGAAGCUAGUGCGACCUUAUUUCCUUAAGCAUCAUGCUUCUGUUGACAAGAUCAUCGAUGAUGGCAUGAAGAAGGCCGGCAGCGUGCUGAAGAACGAUUAAAAUGAAGAUGCUAUCACACAAUUCUCACUCACUUCUCACUUCCUUGAGCAAUUGGUAGCUUCCGCUGGCACGACGGAAUGUCACAAAAAAUUGAAUUCGCUUGUAUCACGGAUUGUCUUUUAAUUUUAAAUUUGUACUCAAUAAUUGUUGUUAUAGGGCUCAUGCCACAUGGUUCUCGCAAUCCCCGCCUCAUUUAAUAAUGAUUACUAUGUGUUUUUAGUGGAAUUCUCGGCUUGUUACACAUAAAUUUUUGUAAAAAUCAA